AUGAAAAAGCUAACUCUAAUCCCAAUUCUGGCCCUAAUUGGCCUGGUGACUCCAGAUGAGCUCAUUUCUACACGCUGUCAAGCACAAUGUCUUCAUUUGAUGGAUCAGAGGCUUCAGACCAACAUCGAGCUUCGGAAAACCCUAAAACAUCAUAUCAUUCAACUGUGUAAGGACGACGCGACGUGUUCAGCGUGCUCCGCUCCUUGCCGUGAACAAUUCGACGAUAUCAAGGCUUGCAAGAAGUCGUGUGUGGCUUCAGAUGACCGUGAGACUUGUGAAGACUCUUGUCACUAUCUACAGACGAUAUAUCAGGAGAAACCCGGCGCCUGUCCAGCUGUCAGCAAUAGCUCGAAUUAUGAAUGCUCCGCCCUGUGCCAAAUGGACGGUGACUGUCCCGAAACCCAAAAAUGCUGCUCCUCCGGCUGCUCUCGCCAAUGCCUUAAACCCCGUUCCUCCGACAUCAAGCUUCUUCCAAUCCCCAGAAAUAUCAGUGUCCAAGAGAGAAAACGUAAAAGAAGCAUCAUAAUUCGUUGGGCAACCGGCCGACUCUCAAAAGCUCAACAAAACGAAAACGCCAAUUUAUUCCUGGUCCAAUGGCGUUGGGGACUCCAUGAAGAAGAGUCAGCAAUGACUGAAUGGCAAACAGUUACAGUAAGAAACAAGCCAUACGCCAUACUGAAGCAUUUGUUGUCUCCUGGACGAUUUUACGAAUUUCGAAUUGCCGCCGUUUCGCAAGAAGGAAGUUUAGGGUUCAGUGCACCAUCUAAGCCGUUCAAGAUAUCAAAAGAGGCCAAGGCUCCGCCCCCACCGAAAGAUAUCUCAUUGGGAGGUGUGAAAUUGAACGAAGCUGGGCUGUGGAAUCAGAUUGUUCAGUGGAAUCCGCCGCCAAGUGAUUUGCCGAUCAAAAAUUAUCAGGUAAUCUCCUGGGCAUCAUCCACCAAAUCCGAAGCGGACGCCUUCGAGGAACAAAUGCGCAAGAAGACAACCCUAGAAUUUGCCGCCCACGAGAAACGAAGUCUUGCAUCCGACGACGACGACGAAUUUCUUGGCUCAGAUCGAGACAGGAAUUCUGUAAUCGUUCCAAGUCACUCGACGUCUUCUGAAAUUCAAGGCCUAUUUCCGAAUAGCGUUUAUAUCGUGGAGAUUCAUGCGUCAGUAGAUUCAAGUGACGGCGAGCUACAUGGAGAGAAGGGUGUAGUUUUUAUAAGGACCGCUGAUGCUUCUGGAAAUUCUGGAGUCUCUGGAAAGGGGGCGGAGCCUGAAUACAAUGGCCCUGUUGCCCGAAUCGCUCAUGGAAUCGCCGAGGCUUCUGAGGAAUUGAAGAUUGAGCCGAGAAAGUCCCAGACUACCCGAGGGUCCCGGCCCACGGCAUCUUCUCCGGCCCAUCUGGAAAUUCAACGACCAUUUUUUGACAACGAACUCCAGACGCAACUUUCAUGGACCCAUGGAUCCUACUGUACCCAAAAUUCAAAUUCAAAUUCCCGCCAAACGUUCAGCAUCAAGGUCCGCAAAACUCUCUGCAGGGAAUACCAACCCAAUCAUCACUCGGACACCCGUUGGCACGAUUUAAGGGUCACUGAAUGCACAGCCAUCCUCAAGGGACUCUCCUUCGAUUGUGAUUACAAAGUAGAGGUGCAGGAUACUGUAACUGGGGAUACUGUAGUUGAUGGUGUGUUCUCCACGGACACUUGUGAGCAGACAUCAUCGCUGACGCCUAUCGAGUGCUCCAGCUUGACAACGCCGAUUCAGUGUCAAGUGACAUCGGAAUCAUCGGCACAUUGUCAUUGGACUAGGCAUCAUGACCCGAUGCAGACUGUCAUUGGCUACCGUAUUCUUUUGAGCUCCCCGGUUAAUCAGGACACCAAUACGACUAUCAAUCAGCCGCAGUUACGGGAGGUCAGAUAUGAGAACUUGCAGCCCGGAUAUGUUUAUACUGUAGAGGUCCAAUCCAUCACCAACAAAGGUCUGGGCCGUACCGUAAGCACUCAAUUCGUGACUCAUUCGGAUUUCGAAACCAAUGCGAUUUCUCGAUUCCCGGGAGGUGAAAUUAUCGAGCUGCCGCUGGAAUCGUCUUCUGGAACAUUCCUAAGAAUAAUGCCUUUGAUUUUGAUGCCCCUUCUUUUAAGGUUACUGUAA